AUGAAAGUUCUUUCUAGAUUUAUUUAGACUAAUUUAAAAGUUGAAGGAACAAACUUCGAAACAUGUGCUCCGGUUUUCAAUGGACAGUCGAUGGCUUCGAUAUUCGAAUUCGUGCAUUGGAACGUGAUGACAUCCCGGAAGUACGUGGUAUAAUCACCAAAUGUCUGUAUAAGCUACUGUUUACGGCAUUCGAAGCAAUAAUUGUGAAAAACUGGCGAAUACAGAUUGUUCUGUCAGGAUUAUCCGUGUUUCUUCUCAAUUACAGCGGCUACGAUCUGCAAUAUAUAGCUGUUUUCGUCUCUUUUCAAAUGUUUCUUUUAACUUUACCAAAUGCAGUUUCGUUCUACCGCUUCUUUGCGCCGGGAAUAACAAAGUUCAAAAAGGAAAUUGUCAACGCAGACAAGACAUACGUGAACUUUUGGGUUUCCGAAGUUUUCAAAGAUGGUCAAUGGGAAAAAGUUGGAACAGCAGCUCUGCAAGACGCAGAUAAACGACAAAAGCGUGGAUCUCAAACUGAAACUAUAAUUUUCCUGAGGAAUGUAUCAGUAUCUCCCACAUGGAGAUGCAAAAAAAUUGGAACGAUGAUGUUGAAGCACGCUCUCAGUCAUGCUAUUUCGAUGAAGUAUAACACCAUUGUUCUUCAUAUUACCGAGGAGCAACCAGAAGCCAUGUCUAUGUAUAAAAAGAAUGGCUUUGAAAUAGUCGAUAAGAUAAACGCGACAUGUUUUUCUCUACUCUCUGGAGUACAUGUCUACGUCAUGGCUAGAAAACUCCCAUGAAAGCAAGAUUAAUGUGAAAAACCCUUACAAAGUGUGUAAUUGACGAUUUUAAUGAUUUUUCAUUUGAUACAAUAAAUUACAUUCGCCCUUAAUUGCUAAAUCUUACUAUCACACAAUGUUUCUAAAUCGUUCUGUGAACAUUUGCCACGAAAUGCUUACAAAAAGAUGUAGAGUGAUUAGGAUCCCCUACAAAAAUGUGUUGUUUUACAAACCGAUUGCUAAAAUACGAUUUACACUUACAAUUUUAGUGAUGUACU